AUGACGGGAGGCAGCCUCAAAAGCAGCGCCCCUGCAGUGCCAGGACCAAAAGUGGACAUGAUCACCGGAUCCGAUGGUGUUCUGGGCAGCGGAGCAUACGCCGUUGACAUCAAAGGCAAUCCGGUCAGGAACGAGCAGUCGUAUAAGAAUUACGGAGAGCAAGGGGUGGGUGAGAAGCUUGUGGCUUAUACAAUGAAGGCCUUGGAGGAUAUCAAGGCUGGCAAGGUUUUUCAAGAUUAG